GAACAAUGGAGAGCAUCUGAGCUGUGAUCAUCCAGUCAUGAACCAAUCUGUUGGAUGUGGACUCAGGAUUGUGCUGUUAGGAAAAAGAAAAAAGAAAAAGACAAAACUUUGUAACUUUAUCAUGAAGAAAAAAGUUUUAGAUUUUCAGAGAUUUUCUCUGACCAACCAAUGUGAGUCAGUAUCUGGAGAGUGGAAUGGAAAAUCAUUCACAGUAGUGAAAACUCCAGAUAUCUUCAGUCUGUCUGUGGAGACACUGAGAGAAGAGAUGAAGAAUUGUGUGACUCUUUGUCCUCCAGGACCAAAUGUUCUGCUGCUGUUAGUGGAGCCCUCUGAUUUCACUGAGAAGAACAGAAGAACACUGAAGUUCAUCCUGAGUUUGUUUGGUCAAGAUGCUUUUCAACACUCCAUGGUCAUCAUGAAACACAAGGAGAAUGAAACAAGUUUCACUGUGAAUCAGCUCCUUAAAGACUGUGGAGGAAGACACUACAAUAUGUUUGAAGAUGACCACAACCUGCUAAUGGAGACGAUUCAGAACAUUGUGGAUAAAAACAAAGGAACCUUUCUCACCUUCACUGAAGAGACCAUGAGACCAAAGUCUGAACUCAUCAAACCAGUUUUAAACCUGGUUCUGUGUGGGAGGAGAGGAGCGGGGAAGACUUCAGCAGUCAAGGCCAUUUUAGGUCAGACAGAGCUUCAUUCAGUCUCCAACUCAUCAGAGUGUGUUAAACAUCAGGGAGAGGUGUGUGGACGUUGGGUUUCCCUGGUGGAGCUGCCUGCCUUGUAUGGAAAACCUCAGGAGGCAGUGAUGGAGGAAUCAUUCAGGUGUAUCUCCCUCUGUGAUCCUGAGGGCAUCCAUGCCUUCAUCCUGGUCCUACCUGUGGAUCCCCUCACUGAUGAAGACAAGGGAGAGUUAAAGACCAUCCAGAACACAUUCAGCUCUCCAGUCAAUGACUUAACCAUGAUUCUGUUCACUGUGGAGUCAGAUCCUACAGCUCCAGCUGUUGUUGACUUUGUAAAAGAAAACAGAGACAUCCAGGAGCUCAUUCAGAGCUGUGGAGGAAGACAUGUUGUUCUCAACAUCAAGAACAAGCAGCGGGUGUCUGAAAUGUUGGAUACUGUGGAAAAAAUUAAACAAUCUAAAAAUAAACCACGUUGUUAUACAACACAUAUCUUUGCACGUGUCCAAAUGGAAAAAGUCAUACAAAAAGAGAAACACAUCAAUAUGCAACAAGCUAAACUUGAGAUGCUAGAAAAGAAGAACAAGAUCACUUGUGAUGAUGAGAAUCAGAGCUCAGAGAGUCUCAGGAUUGUGCUGCUGGGGAAGACUGGUAAUGGAAAGAGCUCUUCAGGAAACACCAUUCUGGGAAGAAAAGAGUUUAAAGCCAAAUCAAGUCAAACAUCAGUCACCAAAUGUUGUCAGAAAGCAAAGAGUGAAGUAGACGGUCGUCCUGUCGUUGUGGUCGACACUCCUGGUCUGUUUGACUCCACUUUGUCCCAUGAAGAAGUUAAUGAGGAGAUGGUGAAAUGCAUAAGUCUUCUGGCUCCAGGACCACAUGUCUUCCUGUUGGUGUUACAGAUUGGCAGAUUAACACCAGAAGAGAAGGAGACAUUAAAACUCAUAAAGAAAGUCUUUGGGAAGAAUUCUGAAAAGUUCACCAUCAUUCUUUUCACAAGAGGAGAUUCACUGGAGCAUGAGGAGAUGUCCAUUGAAGAUUACAUUAAAGAGGAAUGUGAUGAUUCCUUUAAGAAACUGAUUGCUGACUGUGGAGGAAGAUACCAUGUGUUUAAUAACUUUGAUAAACAAAACUGCACACAAGUCAGUGAGCUGAUAAACAAAAUUGACUCCAUGGUGAAGAAAAAUGGCGGCAGCUGCUACACCAAUGAGAUGCUGCAAGAGGCCGAGGCAGCAAUAAAGAAGGAAGUGGAGAAGAUCCUGAAGGAGAAGGAAGAAGAGAUGAAGAGAGAGAGGGAGGAACUUGAAAGAAAACAUGAGGAAGAAAUGGAGGAAAUGAAAAGACGAAUAGAAGAACAGAGAGCAGAAAUUGAACAGGAGAGAGAACUGAGAACAAAACAGCUAAAGGAAAUGGAGGAAAACAUUAAGAAGGAGUGUGAACAGAGAGAGAAAGAUCAGGAAAAAAGAGAGGAGGAAAUGCGAAAAAGGAAAAGUCAAGAAGAAAUUGAGCGUCAAGAGUGGGAACAAAAACUUGAAACUCUGGAGGAAAAAAUUAAAUCAGACUCAGAGUCAAAGGAAAACACUGACAGAAAGUUGAAGCAGAUUAGAAAAGAGAUGAGAAAAAAACAACUGACUUGGGAAAUGGAACGAAAGGAGUUUUGGGACAAAUACUAUCGAGAAGAAGAACAAAGACGACGGGAGGAACAAACAAUACUUGUACGGCUCCAAGAAGAAUAUGAGAGGGAAAGAGAAAAAUAUGAAAACAAAAGAAAAGAACAGGAUCGAUUCAGAAGAGAACAGGAGGAGAAAGAGAAACAAGAAUUAAAGGAAAAGUAUAAGACGAAAAUGGAGGAUAUGAAGAAGAAAUAUGAAGAGGAGGCCAGAAAACAAGCUGAAGAACUUAAUGAAUUUAGAGAGAAAUACACCAAGGACUUCGAAGCUCUGAUAGAAAAGUAUGAUGAGGAGCUGAAGGAUAUGAGGCAAAGAUAUGAGACGUUAAUGCAAGAAAAAGAGGAACAAAAAACUGAGUAUACUCUUUUGCACAACCUUUCCAGCCACAAAGAAGAAAGUCUAAAAGUAGAAUUGAAGGAACUGCAGAAAAAGCAUGAAGAACAGAUUAACUACUUGAAAAGGAAAUACAACAACAAGUGCAUCAUUUCAUGA